GGACAAAAACAAAAAAUUCAAGAAAAGCACCAAUCUGAGAACGCGCUCUCUCUCUCUCUCUCUCUCUCUCUCUCUGGCUUUCUUUCUUUCUUUGAUUCCUGUUCUUCCUUGAACACUUGGUUUGACAACUACAUCCAAAAUCACCAAACCCACCACAGUCAAACCCUAAUUGUUAAUCUUUCUCUGCGCACACUCACACACCCAAAGACUCUCAUUAUAUAUAUAUAUAUAUAUUGUAUGAAUGGAAUUGGAUAGCAUUGAAUGCAUUUCAUGCUCCGAUAUUAUGGAUGAGGAUGAGAUCCAUCAUCAUCUUCAUCACUCUCAGUUUCCUUCUUCGAAGCCUCACAACAAUGUUGUAUCUUCUGCGAUUCAUCCCACCACGAGCGUCCAGGAGCUUCUCGAAUGCCCUGUUUGUACCAAUUCAAUGUACCCUCCUAUACACCAGUGUCACAAUGGGCACACGCUCUGUUCCACCUGUAAAGUCCGGGUACACAACCGGUGUCCCACUUGUAGACAAGAGCUUGGUGAUAUAAGGUGUCUAGCAUUAGAAAAGGUAGCAGAAUCGCUUGAACUUCCUUGCAAGUAUUGCUCUCUUGGAUGCCCCGAGAUCUUCCCCUACUACAGCAAGCUCAAACACGAGGCCAUAUGUAACUUUAGACCGUACAGCUGCCCUUAUGCUGGAUCGGAAUGCUUAGUUGUAGGGGAUAUUCCAUACCUGGUUAGCCAUCUUCGGGAUGAUCACAAAGUAGACAUGCACUUGGGAUGCACAUUCAACCAUCGCUAUGUCAAGUCUAAUCCACGUGAGGUAGAGAAUGCCACAUGGAUGUUAACUGUCUUCAAUUGUUUCGGUCAGUAUUUCUGUCUCCAUUUUGAAGCUUUUCAGCUUGGGAUGGCUCCUGUUUAUAUGGCGUUUCUGCGGUUCAUGGGAGAUGAGACAGACGCCCGAAGCUACAGUUAUAGCCUUGAGGUUGGGGGAAAUGGCCGGAAAAUCAUUUGGGAGGGCACUCCACGAAGUAUAAGGGAUAGUCACAGGAAGGUGAGGGACAGCCACGACGGUCUCAUUAUACAACGCAAUAUGGCCCUUUUUUUCUCCGGUGGGGAUAGGAAUGAACUGAAACUGCGUGUUACAGGGCGAAUAUGGAAGGAACAACAGAACCUGGAUGGUGGGGUUUGCAUACCUAACCUCUGUAGUUAACGACCAGUUCUCUCUCUAUCGUUCUGAAUUUUCUGGCAAUGUUAUAAGUUGAUUAGGGGUUUUUGAGAUAUGUUGAGACAUGUAUGAAUACUGGAUGGAAGUUUUGGCAUUCACGCUUUGUUUAAGAAUGUUCUCUUUCUCAUGGUUGAAUGCCAUUUCUUAGAAGGCACGGAUAGGUUAACGGAAAGGGUUUAGCUUUUUUCAAAUUAUCAAUUCAACUUGAAGCAGAUAAAUGAAAGAUGCAUCUCAAUGUGACAUGAAAUUUGCAUUUGAUGACAAACCAACAUGUCAUUGCGCUUUGAAUAUCUUGUAUUUUGAGAUUCUUAACAAAUUGUACGGUUAGUCCAUUAGAAAUUGGGAAGGGGAAAUUUAUGCA